ACUUUGUCCCGUCUCUUACGUGGAACCAACGCUCCGACGCCGUCAACUGUGGUUGCUGCAGAUAUAAACCAUGAAUACAUCAGCGAUCCUGAGAGGGACUCGAGCUGUCCACAGCAUCAGAUCGCUGCACACCACAUUUUGUUUCAACAUGCCAAUUAAGAUUGGAGAGGCUUUGCCUGCAGUGGAGGUCCAGGAGGGAGAGCCUGGGAAGAAGGUUUCCAUGGACCAGCUCUUCAAAGGGAAGAAAGGUGUACUGUUUGCUGUUCCAGGAGCCUUCACACCAGGGUGCUCCAAGACUCAUCUCCCUGGGUUUGUGGAGCAAGCUGGGCAACUUCGGAGCAAAGGCAUCCAGGAAGUAGCAUGUGUCUCAGUAAAUGAUGCAUUCGUCAUGGCUGCUUGGGGCAAAGAACAUGGAACAGACGGCAAAGUGAGGAUGCUUGCUGAUCCCACAGGAGCUUUCACAAAAGCAGUGGACCUUUUACUGGACAAUGAUCAGCUUGUGCAAGUUCUUGGAAACCAAAGAUCCAAAAGGUACGCCAUGCUGGUCGAGGACGGCGUGGUCAAGAAGAUCAAUGUGGAGCCUGAUGGCACAGGGCUAACCUGUAGCCUGGCAACCAACAUCCUAUCAGAUCUGGCUUAAGCCAAAGUCAGUUUACAACCCCCUCCAUUGAUGACUUGGCACUUAAAAGUCAGGUGAAAAGCUAAGACGCACAAUUUAAUUUUUUGCACAUAGCUAUGCAACUCGUAUUACUCAAAAUGGUCGUUUACAAUAUGUAUCAUUGAGACAAAUAAAGUACACCACUGUUGGAAAA